AGCAUUGCCUAUCGUAUUCCACAAGAAAAACGAUUCGAAAACUUUUCCAUUUCGGAUUUCCACCUCUUAAACGAAGAAUGUAUAUCGCUUUGACAGUCAUCCAAGUUCUGAGUUUGCUGUUUCUCGUGGACCGUUCUUUGCCUUCAACGAUGAAACGAAAAAAGACUAAAGUCCUUAUCCUUGGCGCCGGACUCUCUGGAAUUAGAGCAGCGAAGACGCUAUUGGACAGAAACAUCACCGACAUUCUAAUUCUCGAAGGGGAGAGCUACACUGGAGGUAGAAUACAUGCCUUGAAAUUUGCGGACUACACGGUUGAAGCGGGUGCGAACUGGAUUCACUUGGUAGAUGAUGAUGAAACCAAACCUCUAGUACAACGGAAGGAGGCAGGAAAUAUUCGUGCAAUUACUUGUAACUACUCAGACAUUAUUGUGAGGGAUGAUGAAGGCAAAGAUAUCACUGAUUUUGCAGUUCUUAAGGAGUUUAAUGAUAAAGUGGAACACAAAAUUGAAGGUUACCAAAAUGAAAGGAAGAUGAAGAAAUUUUCGGCCGACAUGCCAGCGCGUGUUGGUUUUCAGCUGAUGGGAUGGAAAGGAAAACGACCCGUGGAAAGAGCUAUCGAAUAUCUGAAUGUGGAUUUCGAAUACGCCAAACCACCCGAAGAGUUUUCUUUCUACAACUUGUUUGAGCGUGGAAAGGAUUUUUUCGUUACUGACGAGCGCGGACUGUGGGCCUUGUAUGAAGACCUCUACAAGCCUCUGCAAAAAAACACUUUAUUGGGAAAGACGGUGACAAAAAUCACGUUGAACCCAGAUUCAGUUGAAGCUCAAACCUCCGAUGGUUGGAGUUACCAGGCAGAUUACGCUCUGUGUACAUUCAGCUCCGGUGUUCUAGCCAGCGGCUUGGUUACUUUCGAGCCAGCCCUUCCAGAUUGGAAAAAGGAGGCCAUUUACAAAAACCCUUUAUCUUUAUACACCAAAAUUUAUCUGAAAUUUCCAAAAAAAUUCAGGGAUGACCACGAAUAUAUUCUGUACGCUUCUAACCAGCGCGGGCGUUUCCCUGUGUGGCAGGACCUGUUAAGACCCGGGAUUUAUCCCGUUUCGAGCGGGAUACUACUGAUCACCGUAACAGGGGCUGAAGGACGAAGGAUUGAGGGGCAAUCGUUUAAUGAAACAAAGGAAGAGAUCAUGGGAAUGUUGAAAGAGAUCUAUGGGAAUGGCAUCCCUGAAGCGACAGAUAUUUACUAUCGCCGCUGGUCAAAGGAACCGCUUAUGCAGGGGGCAUAUUCAGAACCAGUAGUAGGUAUGACUUCAGAGGACUGGGAGAACAUUGGAAAAAACCUGGGGCGACUGUACUUUGCUGGCGAAGCGACGAGCGAAGAGUGGUACGGCUACAUGCAGGGAGCUUACCUGACCGGAGACCAGAAUGGCAAGAUGAUCGCUGAAAAAAUUUCUCCAAGUGAACCUUCCAGCAAGCCAGAAAAACGGAUGAGUGAGGCAACGCUCGCCAACGUGUCCACAAUGGGAAUAUUGUUGCUCCAGUUGCUCCCUCUUUCGUUAAUACCCAUGUGGAAUUAAACGAUUAACUUUUAUUAGCCCUGAUAGCCUGAGAUCAGCCCUUACUGAGUGAAUCAGUAUAGCAUUAACUUUAAUGAAACAUUCGUGUUGCAUAGAGGACCUAUUAGAUGUAGUAGUGUGUCCUGUAAUAGAUCAUAAGUAAGGAACUAAUCUAAAUGCGUGUAUAACUCAGCUUAUCAUAUGAAUGUUGUAAAAGUCAGGUGCUUUCCUAUUCCAUCGUAAAGGUUCAUUUUUACAAACUCCUUCCUAUUAAAAAUUUUGUGAUAAACUCCCCCUAUGAUGUAUUUGAAAGGGUCGAUUUAUCGUAAUCUGGCUCCCAUAAUUCAUCUGGGUCCAUACCGAAGGAAGACCAGAAGAAAUUCCAGCGCCAAACUUGAAGACAAAGCUCUCUCGACUUAAUCACUUCUCAAAAUAGAUAUUUUCCGUGGAAAAAUAUCCGAACUUUGAAAACUACUAGACUACUAGUCUCUGAGAAAUUCUAUUGUUAUAUCUAUCGCUUUCAUUGAACAAAGACUGUAUGCAUAA